AUGACUCUUCGCAUAGGCCGAAGAAGAGUCAUCGUUCUGAGCUUGCCCCCCUCUUAUCGUGCGCGCCUCCCGAACCGCUGGUCUGAACUUGCGGAUACAGCCAUGGCUUUUGAAGAGUCGAAAGAAUUGCCAGUGCGGCCUGCAGAGGCCCAGGAUGCCAAUGCCACUGCCCCGCCAAAGGCUGCGAAAGCUAAUGCGGCCUCGAAUACCGACUCUCUCCCCGAUUUCAUAAUUGAACGGAACAAGCUAUUUGAAGAAUUGUGGCAACAGUAUCUUGAAGAGCUCAAGAGCAAGCCUCACCCGGAAAUCAAUGUCCUUCUCGAUCUCGGCAACGGGAGCCCCUCUCCUGUCCCCGCCAAAGCCUGGGAGACCACACCCGGAUCGUUUUUGAGAGACGUCCCCAAGGAUAUCAGCGCCAAUGUCGUCCUCGCGAAAAUCGAUGGCAAGGAACUUUGGGAUCUGAAUCGCCCUCUGGAGCGCGACUGCACCGUCUCUUAUGUUCCGUUCGACAGCCCCGAAGGUCGGGAAGUUUUCUGGCACUCGAGCGCGCACUGCCUGGGUGAGGCAUGCGAGUGCGAAUAUGGAUGCCUACUCUCCCAUGGACCUCCCACCCCUCAAGGUUUCUUCUACGAUAUGGCCAUGCCUGACAACCGUGUUGUACGAGAGAGUGACUGGCCGGCCUUGGAUAGCAGAGCGUCGCGGAUCUUCAAGGAAAAGCAAAGCUUCGACCGGUUGGAGGUGACGAAGGAAAACCUCAAGAAAAUGUUUGCCUACAGCAAAUAUAAAUUGCACUACAUUGACAAGCUUGUGACCGGAGAAAAGAGUACGGUUUAUAGAUGCGGUACCCUGGUCGACCUUUGCAGAGGUCCUCACAUCCAGAACACUGGAAAGAUCAAGACCUUCAAGAUUAUGCAGAACUCUUCCGCAUACUUCCUCGGUGAUCAGACGAACGACUCUCUGCAACGUAUCCGUGGUGUUGCUUUCCCCGAUAAGAAGCAGAUGCAGGAACAUCUGAAGUUCUUGGAGGAGGCAGAGAAGCGCAAUCAUUUGAGAAUUGGCAAGGACCAGGAGCUUUUCUUCUUCGAUGAAGUUUCUCCAGGCUGUCCUUUCCUCCUCCCCAACGGAACUAAGAUUUUUAAUGCUCUCCAGGGUCUUCUGCGGUCUGAGUACCGCAAGCGCGGCUACCAGGAGGUUCAGACGCCCAACAUGUACGACGUCGGCAUCUGGAAGACAUCUGGUCACUGGGCGCAUUACAAGGAUGAUAUGUUCAAGCUUGACGUGGAGAAGAGAGAAUGGGCUCUUAAGCCCAUGAACUGCCCAGGCCAUUUCGUGCUCUUCGGCCACCGCGAGAGGAGUUACAGAGAACUCCCGCUGAGAAUUGCAGACUUUGGUGUUCUGCACCGUAACGAAGCAUCCGGUGCAUUGAGCGGAUUGACCCGUGUGCGGAAGUUCCAGCAAGACGAUACCCACAUCUUCUGUACCCAGGAUCAGAUUUCCUCCGAGAUCGAGGGUCUCUUUGAUUUUCUCCAGUCCAUCUACGGACUGUUCGGCUUUACAUUCAAGCUGAAGCUUUCCACUCGCCCAGAGAAGUAUCUCGGUGACCUCGAGACCUGGAACUAUGCCGAGGAGCAGCUCAAGUCUGCGAUGACCAAGUUCAAGGGCAAAGACUGGACGAUUGACGAAGGCGAUGGUGCAUUCUAUGGUCCUAAGAUCGACAUUACCAUUGCUGAUGCUCUCAAGAGAGAGUUCCAAUGUGCUACUAUCCAGCUGGACUACCAGGCGCCAAUCAACUUCAAGCUCGAGUACAUGACCAACGAGAAGGGCCAGGCUGUUAUGGAAGAGUCGAAGAAGGAAGGCGAGACCAAGUCCAACGAACCUGGUCCAGGUCGGGCGCGCCCCGUCGUCAUCCACAGAGCUAUCAUUGGUAGCUUUGAGCGUUUCUUGGGUAUCUUGAUUGAGCACUUUGCCGGCAAGUGGCCGUUCUGGAUCAGCCCUCGUCAGAUCCUGAUUGUCCCCGUCAUGCCUGCUGUGAACGACUAUGUUGAGGAGCUGCAGCAAAUCCUGCGUGGCGAUAAAUUGAACGUGGACAUUGACAUUAGUGGUAACACUAUGCAGAAGAAGAUCCGUACUGGUCAGCUGGCGCAGUACAACUUCAUCUUUGUUGUCGGCGCUCAAGAAAAGGAGUCCCGCUCUGUCAACAUCCGUAACCGUGACGACCCUGCUACACAGAACAAGGGCGUCAUGGUUCCUCUUGAAGAGGCUCGCCAGAAGCUCCGCGCUCUGAGAAAGGAGCGCAGACUGGUGAAUGCUCUGUAG